AUGGCGUUGCCACCAAAGUGGUACCAGUUCCUGGUCUCAGUCUUUGCUUCCUUGGGUUCAGUCCUCUACGGUUAUGAUCUCGGUGUCAUCGCUGGAGCCAUCGGUUCCGAGUCUUUCAAAUGGCAAUUCGACCCUACAUCCAACGAGACUGGUGCUGUCGUUAGUGUAUUCACUGGCGGUGCUUUCUUCGGUGCUUUCUUUGCAGGUCCAACUGGUGACAAGCUCGGAAGAAAGAUGACUAUUUUGAUCGGUUCUAUCAUCUUCGUGGUCGGUGGUGCUCUUCAGACUGCCGCUCAAAACCUCCACUAUCUUUAUGCUGGUCGUGCUAUUGCUGGCCUUGGUGUCGGUAUGCUCGUCAUGAUCAUUCCCCUAUACCAAGCCGAAUUGGCUCACCCCAGUAUUCGUGGUCGUGUCACUUCUCUGCAACAGUUCAUGUUGGGUAUCGGUGCUUUCAUUGCAUCUUGGGCUGCAUUCGGCUGCUACACCUCUUACGGAGACCGUGACAGCAGACAAUGGAGAAUCCCUCUCGGUGUACAGCUCCUUCCCGCCGUGCUGCUCGCAGCUUUGAUCCUGUUCUUCCCUGAAUCUCCUAGAUGGCUCAUGAGCAACGGGCAAACAGAGAAGGGUCUUCAGACUCUUGCUAAGCUGCACGCCCACGGUAACACCCAAGACGCUUGGGUUGUCGCCGAGUUCGAAUCAAUCCAGGAUGCCGUCACCUUUGAGAAAGAGCAUGAGGCAAAGUCAUACGCAGAGCUCUUCACCAACAAGUCAAGCUUCCGUCGCUUGUUCAUCGCUGUUGCCCUCCAGGCCUCUGUUCAGAUGACUGGUGUCUCCGUCAUCCAAUACUACUCAGUCUCAAUCUUUGCCGAAAUCGGGAUCAGUGGUGACGACACCCUGAAGUACCAAGCUAUUUCUUCGCUCAUUGCUCUUUUGGCACAAUUCUGCUGCUUGAUGCUCAUCGACAAGUUCGGACGCCGCUGGCCCUUGAUCCUUGGUAACAUCGGUAACGCUUUCUGCUUCAUCGUGGCCACUGCUCUGCUUGCGAAGUUCCCCCCUGGUGCAGAGGGGGGAGCUAACAAGGGUGCUGGUUGGGGUUUUAUUGUUGUUGGAUGUUGGUUGUACAACUUCUCCUUCUCGGCAACCUGUGGACCUCUCUCAUGGAUCAUCCCCGCCGAAAUUUUCGACACCAGAACCCGCUCCAAGGGUGUCUCCAUCGCCACCAUGGUCUCCUUUGCCUUCAACACCAUGAUCGGCCAGACCACCGCCGUCGCCAUCGACAACAUUGGCUGGAGAUGGUACAUUGUCUUCAUCGUCUGCAACUUCACAAACGCCCUCUUCUUCUGGGCCAUUCUGCCCGAGACUGCCGGACGCCCUCUUGAGGAGAUGAAUUACCUCUUCACCCAGGCUCCUCUGUUUGUUCCUGGUACUGCUGCUGCUGGCCGUAAGGGCUUUGCUGUUGUUGACCUUGAGAGACGUGUUGAGGAGGUUGAGAGAAAGGGGUCGAUUGCUAUUCAUCACGAGGAGACUGCUGAGAAAAUCUAA